GAAAUAUUUUGAGCUUCUGCUGUCAGAAUGCUGUCGAGUGGUGCACGUUUGAACGCCCCUGAGGCGCCUCCGUCACCUGCCUACGCCGGACUUGGCACAAUAUUCGGUGGGCCUCGCUCAACUCAUCGCAUGCUGCAAAAGGGACGUCACAGUCGUCUCACUGUUGCUGCAGGGGAGCUGCGUAAGCUGAAGGAGCAGCUGGCGUGCCUGCAGAACAGCCUCAAGGACCUGGAGGGAUGGAAGGAGGCCGUCUUCGAACGGGGCCCUGGCGGCGUGAGUCCGCCCUCCCAGGGAUUCCUCAAGCAGACUAUCCAGAGGGAAUCGGAAUCGCUCAUCAGAAUGAUAUCAGAGGUGCGCAUCGCAUUCAAGGAUGGGCGAAGGGGGAGAAACUGAUGUGAUGUCGUGCGUUGUGGAUGGGAUUCAGCUGGAGGGUCGUAUAGGUGUAGUAGCGGAGCGGCAGCGGGCCGACCUCGAGCAGGCCCUGCACCGACUCACCAUCCGCAUCGAACGCAUCACACAACGGCUGGACAAGUAUACAAGGCAUCAACACACAAAUGCGUCAAUGUCAGCUGAGUGUGGACGUCUGUUUGCCCUGGGUCGUCAGGUUGUCACGUGACGGUGAGGACCGCCAUGCCGCCCAGUCCUCCGAGACCGUCAAGAGCAUGCAGACUCUCGACUCGCGCAUACGGGCACUGGAAACCUCACAGGUGGCCACUCUGUCACAGAAAAAAAAGAAAAAGAACGGGGGCCACCAGCCUCUCGGGUCCGUCUCGGUGUUUGGUUCAGGGUGCGCUUCGUCGGUCGUUCUCUCAGCUGACAUUUGGUGGUGGGAGUGCCAGCGGCAGCGGUGAGGGUCUGGGCGGCAGGGCCGCCACACGCCAGUUGGUCAAAGGGGUCCCCAGCUCAUCUGCUCAGGAAGGAACGGUCGCGCACGGGGCGCAGAGGGAGGGUGCUACCACACCAGCACCAGCACCAGCUGCUGCAGCUGCUGGUGCGGCUCCUGCUCUGGUGGUUGCUGCCGAGGAGGUGUCGAGUGCCGAUGCGAUCGCUACACUCGAGCGCAAAGUCAACGGUGAGAGGGAGGGGAGGGCACCAUACAAUACAUACAUGCUGACAGAAUGGUGCAUGGGAUGUCAUGUGUGUGCAGAGGUUGACGAGAGGGUUCAGCACCGUGUGAUGCCACUGAUCCAGGAGCUCUACAAUCGUCUGGUGGCCCUUGAGAGCGAUCGCAGCAAGGAGAUGCGGGAGCCAUCGCAGCUUCAACACCGAUUCAACGAAGAGAUCGCACGACUGAGGGUGAGUGUGUCGAUGGCGCAAGCAAGACAAAGCCGCAGUGGGUGGGGUAGGAGUAUUGUGUGUGUGUUCAGGAUGAGAUGGAUGCCGAGCGCGAGAGGAACGCCGAACAGAUUAAUCGCCUGACACAGCAGGUGAUUGCAUCGACACACCACCAUCCAUCCAUCCAUCCGUCCACGUCGUCUCUCUGUGUCGUCAGAUGGAGGCCAUGCAGCUCUCCCUGCUGCAGCAGGGCAUUCACGUGGACAUCCCCGCCGAGCAGCAGCCAAGCGAGGAAGCACCAUCCUCUACGGCCAUGGCAGGGCAGCCCCCGACAGCCAUGGCAAGACCUCCCUCGGCUACCGCUGUCCCGACGGUCGCUGCUGCCGCUCGUCCUUGCGGCGACCUGGAGGGCCGCGUGAGGGAGCUAGUACAGGAGUAUCUCGACAACCUGCAGCAGAAGGAAGAAACGAUGCUGCAGGAGGGAGAGGGCAUCGUCGAGGGUGUUCCUGGCGAGGGCGAGGGAGCAUUCCCUUCUCAGGAGGGAGGAGCAGUGGGGCAUCCCCAUGAGGCAGAGCCUGUCAUGCCCUCUCGCGUGCCGGAUGAGAGUGCCGCGGCAGUGCCGUCUCGCGAUGGACGGCCGGUGCCACGAGCCGAGGGCGCUCCUGGCGCCGCCUCGACCCCUUCUGCGCCUCCUGUCGGCGCUGCUGGUGCGGCCCCCUCUGGUCGUCCUGGUGGUGCCCGUCGAUGGCGUGCCACGAUGCCGCGUCAGCAGAUCGUAGAGCUGAGAUCGGCAGUAGACUCUUUGGCGGACCAACUCAGCAGGUAUGGACCAAUGGGAAGAAAGACACAUUCUGAAAAGCCAGACGAUUGAUUGGGUGCGGUGUUUGUUCCAUGCUGCAGCGUGAGGGUGGCAGAGAAGGUCGAGGCCAGCUGGGGCAAUGAGCUGGCAGGUACUGUCACGCACUCAGCACAAGAGGCGAAGUGCUGGCGUACACACAUGUCCGUGUGUGUGUGUGUGUGUGUGCAGGUCGGCUUGAGGGUCUGAGCACCGCCGUCCGCGACACGCUCGAGACCGUCCGCAUGUCCCAGCACUACCAGACCGACAGCCACCAGAAGAUCCGCGAGACCGUCGAGGCCUUCCACGCCAACCUACAGCCAUACUUCGCACAGCAGCAGGACCUCGCUACCCAGAUCGACGAACACUCACAGCAGCGGGCCGAGCUGGCCGAGUCCUUCGGUCGCAUGGAAGACGCCAUCGAGACGGCGGCGAGCACCGUGGACGGGCUAGAGGGCCGCAUCGACAGCCAGCAGGUUGCCAUCGAGAGUAUUGUGGAGGAGGUGGAGAGCAGCGGCAGUGCUUUCCAGCACACAGCCUCUCAGAUGUCGGAGCAGCUGACGGCUCGCGUGUCUGCUGUCGAGGCCAAGGUGGAUCAGGCGCACGAGCAGACCAGCCAGACCCUAGCCGUGGUGCAGGAGGACCUGCAGCUGCGCGAGGAGGCCCUCCGCCACGACCUCGAGACCAAGAUGACUGCGGAGCUCGAGAGCCUCCACGUCAGCAUCGACCGUGACCGUGAGCGGCACAUAGAGGUCGGCAACGCGCUGGACAAGAGCCGAGAAGAAACCGGCCAGCUCAAGGAGCAGCUCACCGGCCUGCAGCAGUCGUUCGACAGCGAGGCCGGCGAGCUCCGCUCUUGCUUCGCCCGCAUGCAGCAGACCGUCUCGGACACAUUCAAGUCCAAGAUAGAGGAGAACGGCCGGCUGGUCGGGCGGCAGGUGGAGGCCAUCCAGGCAACCACCGAGCGGCGCGUCACCGCGGAGACCGAAGCCAUGGAGCGCAAAGUGCGUGACGGGGUCCGGGCGGAGGCCGACCAGCAGCAGCAGGCGGUCUCCCAGGCCAUCGAGCGGCUCGACGCCCGAGUGGAGGAGACCGUCCGGGGCCGCUUCGCCAUCGACCAGAGCCUCAAGAAGUUCCAGCGCGCCCACUCGGAUGAGCUGCAACGGACCAUCCAGCGCAUCGAGUCCAUCGAGCAGGGCCAGGAGCAGACAAAACGCGGCCUCACACGCGCACUGUCGAUGCCAACCGAGAAGGUCAUGGAGGCGCAUGAGGAGCUGAGGGGCGAGGUCCAGCGUGUGGCGCAGCUGGUGCGCAAGUCGACGCAGGAGGCCGACGAGAGGGUGGGCAAGGUGGCGCAGGACGUCAUGGGUCACGACCGUGAGUGCGCUGAGCUGUCGGCCAAGCUUGAGCAGCUGGAGCGGCAGGUGCGGGAGGCCAUCAUGGGUCAGCCGCAGAUGAAGGCCGUCUCGGCCAAGGCCGCCGCGGGCGAGAAGGCACUGCAGGUGGUCGAGACGCUGCAGAAACAAUACAAAGGUGAGAGAACCCACCAUCCUACGUAUGAGGUGUGACGACCCACGUGCGUCUUGUGUGCGUUCGUGUGGCUUAGGUAUGGGUGCUGAGAUGGACAAGGUGCGUGAGUUGCAGCGGUCGGUGAAGCUCCACGACGCCCAGCUGGCGGCCCUGGAGAAGAUCGAGACUGAGGGCACGCCGGGCGAGAAGGAAAUCGCCACAAAAGUGGAGCACCUCGAGGGCGAGAUACGCAACCAACGACGGGUCAGGCAAAACUGCACCCUCACAACAGGCACAUGGCAAGCUAGGUGUGUGUUGGUUUGCAGGCGUCUGAGGCCCAGGUUGACGAGCUGAAAGCCCAGCUGACGCUGGAGACCAAGAACAUCAAGGUGAAAGGACGACAAAGAAUGUGGUCCGUCCAAGCGUCACUGCCUCUCCUGCUCUGUUCAGGCGUCUCAUGAGAAGGUCAUGACGCAUCUGAGGGAGGGGGAGAACUGGAUGGCCACUCUCAAGGGCCACAUUGAUGACACACACUCUCGUGUGCGGUCGGUGGAAUCGGCCCACUUGCCCACCAUUACACAGCGGCUGGACCGCCAGCAGACAUCCUCGGAGGAGGUCGCGUCACAACACGACGUGAGCGAGAUAGAAGGAAAGAAAAGGCCAGGAGAUACAUUGGCAACAGAUGACAUGUGCAUUCUCUCGAUCAGGAGUUACGAGAGACGGUCAGGCGUUUGUCCGACCAGGUAGAGGAGCUCUCGAAGCGACCAGCCGGCCCCUCUGACGCCAACGACUCGCUCACACGCCGCCCAGCUGAGGCCAGGCACACACACCAACCCAAGACAGCCAAGGCGUCCCAGAGAAGAGCCCUCGAGGCCUCUCCCCGACCCACUGGCAGCCCACCCACCGCCCCCAUUGGUCGAUCUGUGUCGGGGCGAGGUCCAUCGGGGCUGCCGGAGGCCCUGCAGCGAGUCGCAUCCCUCGAGGAGUUCAGACACCAGACACACAAGGAUGUACAGGUGCGCGGCAGAUGAGUGCUUGCGUGAUUUGGUAUCUGUUGGUCGCAUCUGUCUCGCCUUACCUUGUCCUUUAGAACGUGAGUCGUCAUGUGGAGCAGCUGCGGGACAAGCUGGAGGCACGCACAAACCGACUGCAGGUGACGGACGUACCUGUGAAUUGAGGAAGACCACACCACCAAAUGCAUACAUGUGCAUGCUGUGUGUGUCUAUGCAGGAGGAGCAGCGGCGGCUCGGUGACAAGCUGGUGCGUCAGGAUGGCGCCCUGCGGGCGAUGGAGCAGCGAGUCGAUGACGCCAUGCAGACACACGAGGGGUCGGCACGCCACAACUUCACGCGCCUCAGCGGCAUCAUCCGCACCCUCGUCGCGUCAUGCGAGAGCAAUGCCGAGCAGACAGAGGUGCGCGUGGGUGUGGGCUGGAAACGGGAGGGUCCUUGUCGACUGUGUCAAUGUUUUCCGUGUUGGUGUAUGCAGAGUGUGAGGCGCCGCGUUGAGGAGCUGGAUAUGACGGUAGAUCAAAGCGUGUCACUGGUCAAAGAACGCGUUCAGGUGAGUGAUGCAUCCCUGCACAACGACAGUGUGCACCUUGAUCCCAUCCAUUUCCCUCUCUCUCUCUCUGUUUCCUCGCCCACCUGUGUGCAGCAUGCAGAGCGUAGUGUGAGCGAGCAAGGCGGAUGCUACAAACAAGAGAUACACCAAAUGGCAGCUGGUAAGCAAGACAACGAUCGUGGGACCCUGAGGCGUGUCAUACAAAAGCGUCUGUCUGUGUCCUCAGGGAUGGGUCAGACCCGUGCUGACGUAGAGCUGCUCAAGGCCAGGAAUCAGGAGCUGCUGCAGUCCAUCGACCAGCUGCGGGGAGACGUCAACCACAUUGGCGAGCAUCUGGCGCGGACCGUGACCUCAGACACACGACCGAGACACACAUUCACGUAAAGAGAGAGAGAGCAGCACGCCCAACACACCCAUACCUCCCCCAUUCAUGUGUGUGGAUGUCCCCUGGCAGGCGUCAUGUGCCUUUGGUAGAGGAUGUGUGCACAAGUCGGACCAGCCGCCUGAACACCAUCGAAGAGGUAACCACCAACACCGACACCACACCGCCCUGCACCUCAGUGAACAUCGCCACCUUGCGCACAUGUCGAUUUCUCCAGGCGUCAUUCGCCACCCCCCGUUGCGCAUCCACCGUCCCUCCCUGCGUCCGCAACGCUCUCGCCACCAUGCCGCCCUGCCCCAAUGCAUCGUCGCCCUCAAUGCCACCACUGCUGACUGCCCGCACCCACCGGCCCGAGAGCAUGCCGCCGGGCAGUGGGUCGCUGACCCAUCGGGCGAGAGGGGGAACUGGCGAGGGUGCGACGGUGCUGAGGCCGCCACGGCUAGGGAGGAAGUGAGGCCCGGGGCAAGUGCUCCACAUCACUUCCUUCGAAGUGAUGCCUUGUGUUGACUAUGGUCAACACAAGGCAGCAUUUGCUGUUACCUGUGACAAUGCUGCCCGGCAUUUGUAAAGUGGGGGGCUGUGUGGCGUGAGGGUGUGAGAUUGAUGUGCAUGGACUAGGGGUGACGUGUUUGCAUGGUUGUUCCUCGUGUCAAUAGCCUUUUCUCUAGCAAGCGCAGCAACACGGCACUGACGGCAGGGCCACUUUCUGAGUAUCCACUUCCUUCCCAUGCAGGUCAGUCGUAUCGUUGGCAGCACUUUCACUUUUCGAGGCGGCCGGCUUAUCGAUAGGCAUGCAUCAGUGUCACAUGUCAAAGUGUGCGUGGGUGCG